AUGAUUGCUCACCUCGACGACGACACGCUUCGCGCUCCGGUGUCAGAAUUAUUAUCACCCGGACUCGCUGUCACACCUUUAGAUACGACCGCUGCAGAACUUGUUGACGAGAAGACAACGGUUGCAGCAGCGCCAGCGGAACCUCUCCCUUACUGGCUCGUCAAUGUUCCCCGAUCACAAUGGCCAUCUGAGUGUCCAGAAUACCUCCGCAAUCUACCUCAGAAGUCUAUAAAGUCCCUUUCAACGCCUGAUGCGCAGUUUAAGCCGCAGAGCUGGGACCUUGUGAAGGAGAUAGUUGGAUCGAAUCAAAUACAUCUUCUCCAGCGCUGGCCCUCAGAUUUAAGGAGGUACUUGGAGUAUAUUGCAAAGAUUAAAGCAAUAUAUGGUUCCGUUUUGGAUUUUGUGGUUCAGAAGAGGCUGCGUUGGGUGGGCGAUUUAGAAGCACGAGGGACUGCACCGUUUCAGCAUCCGGUUGAGAAGGACAUCGUCCACCUCGUCGUCUGGACCAAAUUUGAAUUAGAAGAUGACCCUGCCACGGAUGACUUGACUCCGCGCAUGAGAAGGGAGAUUGACGAGUUUGUUGGGAAAACGUUUCGAUCCAGAAUGCCAGCUGAGAAGGUGAUAUGGUUUAAAAACUGGAAGUCUCUGAAAUCCAUACAUGCCAUUGAGCACUUCCACGUCAUGCUCUACCAGCCAGAUCCAUUAUUUCUCCACGAGAUAACCAACGGCGACGCACCCAUACGCGAUGUAUGA